CGCCGGAGCUGCUCGGAGGAGGGGGCCGAUCGCGGCAGCGGCGCCCCGGCCCGGCCCGAGGGAGCAGCCCCGCCCGCCCCGGCGCGCCCCCCGCCCGCCCGCCCGCAGCGCCCCGCACCGGCCCCGCGCCCCGCCCGGCCUGCCCGCGCCCGCGCCCGCGCCAUGAACUUCCAGGCGGGCGGGGGGCAGAGCCCGCAGCAGCAGCCCAGCCUGGCGGCGCCGGGGGGCGGCGGCGGCGGCGGCGGCGGCGCGGGGGGCGGCGGGCAGUUCGGCGGCGCGGGGCCGGGGGCCGGGGGCGGCGGCGGGGCUCAGCAGCUGGCCGCCGGGCCCCCCCCGCCCUUCGCGCUCUCCAACUCGGCGGCCAUCCGCGCGGAGAUCCAGCGCUUCGAGUCGGUGCACCCCAACAUCUACGCCAUCUACGACCUGGUGGAGCGCGUCGAGGACCUGGCGCUGCAGAACCAGAUCCGGGAGCACGUCAUCUCCAUCGAGGAUUCCUUUGUGAACAGCCAGGAGUGGACACUCAGCCGCUCAGUGCCUGAGCUCAAAGUGGGCAUCGUGGGUAAUCUGUCCAGUGGGAAGUCGGCCCUGGUGCACCGCUACCUGACCGGGACAUACGUGCAGGAGGAGUCCCCUGAGGGGGGACGGUUUAAGAAGGAGAUCGUGGUGGACGGCCAGAGCUACCUGCUGCUGAUCCGAGAUGAAGGCGGCCCCCCCGAGCUGCAGUUCGCCGCCUGGGUGGACGCUGUGGUGUUCGUGUUCAGCUUGGAGGAUGAGAUCAGCUUCCACACAGUGUACAAUUACUUCCUGCGCCUCUGCAGCUUUCGCAAUGCCAGCGAGGUACCCAUGGUGCUGGUGGGCACGCAGGACGCCAUCAGCUCCACCAACCCACGGGUUAUCGACGACGGCCGGGCCCGCAAGCUCUCCACAGACCUGAAGCGGUGCACCUACUACGAGACCUGCGCCACCUAUGGGCUCAACGUGGAGCGAGUCUUCCAGGAUGUGGCCCAGAAGGUGGUGGCCUUGCGGAAGAAGCAGCAGCUGGCCAUCGGGCCCUGCAAGUCACUGCCCAACUCCCCCAGCCACUCGGCCGUGUCUGCCGCCUCCAUCCCGUCCGUGCACAUCAACCAGGUGAGCCCCUGCCCAGGCCUGCCUUCCCUGGCCACCUCCGUGCCCGCCUCUGUCCCUCCCCGAUCGUGGUGCUGAGUGGGCUGGUGUGUG